GUAAGCUGCUUAAAAUCAAAGAGGAAAUUAAAGAAGAAGAUGAAGAUAAACACUUAAAUUUUUCAGCCGAAUUAGAAAAAGGUUUAGAAUUUGGCCUAGAAGACGAUUAUGCUUUUACUCUAGAGGACAAGGGAGAUAAAGAAGACCAAAAUGAAGAUAGGGAUUUGAAAAUUGAUGAAAACGAAAACGAAUUAGAGACAGAAGAUGAUACCUGUUCUCUUGAGAUUCUAGGCCGUCGAACUACAGAUGCAUCUUCCGACAUAUGCGGGCGUAGUUUUAGCUGUCCUCCUCCUCUUACUCGGUGCCGAAUUUCAUCUCCUUCGCCUAAAUCGAGCGAGGCUUUUACUGACAUGGCUUCGACCAAAGCACAUUUUACGCCCUUAGAAAUACUAACAAAUGGUGGAUUCACAUCCAUAUCCAAUAAUUAUGAAGCAAGCCAAAUACUCUCUAAUCAAAUAAAACAGACAAAGCGAAAUCUGACAAGGCAAGAAUUAGGAGAGCAUGGUGAUGUGGGCUCCUCCAGGAUUUUUAUUGAAGAAGAGACCGCUAGCGAACUUGAUUCAGAUGAUACUGAGACGGAUGCAACUGAUCAGGUAGAGGAAAUCUACAUUAAUUCUGAUGAAGAUGAAAUAAAGAGUGCAGAUGUUUCUCGUUUUAAUAUCAAAGCUGUGCCCUCAAAGUCUCUUCGAGUUACAUCAGAAAAAAUUAAAUAUCCUUUUAAAUCUGCUCAGACAAAUUUUUCGUUUUUUAGAAAUCAAGAUGAGGCCUGCCCACCAACUGAUGAUAAUCUUUCAAGACAUGAAGUUUCGAAAGAGAAGUAUCUCGUAAAUGAAAGAAUUAUCCUUCAAGAGGAGAAGACCAGCCAAUCAGUAAAAGAGACUGAGGGAAGCACUCAGCGAACUAGUAGAUCAAACCAUACAUUUUAUGCCACAGAUUCUUCUGAUACUAUGAGGUACAUUUUAGAUAAUGGGAGGAUUAAGGAAGAUGAAUCUGUCUCUAAAAAUGGAGUACUGAAAACGCUAGAUUUUCUUUCAUUUUCAACUAACUUGUCUAAUCAGCCAACGCUGGAGCCAAAUUCUUCUCAAGUCAGUUCUUGUAGUGGAACCCGCGAUGCUGAACCCGGACAGAGAAAUAUAGAAAAUCCAGGGCAAUCUUCUCAAUUAGAUGCUAUAAAUUUAGAACAAAUUCUCUUUGGGGCAAAUGAGGGUGAAGGCCCUUACAAAGAAGAGGAGCAUAUAAUU